CCACCACCACCACCACCACCACCACGGCCGCCGCCGCCGCCGCUAUCAUCAUCGAUUCGCCGCUGGCAUAAUAAAACAAAAAGUAAAACAAAUCAAACACAGAAAAGGAUACGAAGGCGCGAGACUGUGUGGGCCUGUCCUUUGCGCCUCUCUUAUCAGUAUCCCUGCCGGCCGAGCCUGGCAAUCCCCGUUCCCCAUGCCAGCCCCUACUCUGGACUGGGCCGUGGCGCUCCAGCCCGUAUCAAUCUUAUCUGCUCUUUCAUUGACUGCUUCUCGUUUUUCUGGCUGCUGCAGUGCUUCCAUAACCCAUGUACAAUCAAGUCCUCGACCUUCUCGUACCACCACGCCUGACCGUUGGGACAACUACACAUCUAUCAAUCUAUUGACCCUACACGGCGGACGGCGCCAUCUGCAAACACGGUUCGCACAGGCAGGUGAAUCAAAUUGCUACAUGCCGUUGCAGCCUGCCCUGUCUCCAUCCAAGAAUCCCGUUGGUCCCCCUUUCUCGUGCCUGUCGCGCUGUUCAUCUUGUUCUUUACUUUUCCGGUAG